ACGCAAGCUCUACGCACCUAUGCAUUCUAUGCCGCUUUUCUUGGCCAGUAUUCCUCGGUGGCCAGAGCAAGAUGGGUGUGGACCAAGCAAAUGGAGUUGUGAACUAUUGUAGACGACCACCACAAAGACCUUUCCUUCAGAGGAUACAAUAUGCGAUCUGGGAUCCGGAGGAACGAAAAUUUCUGGGUCGAACGCCAAAACGAUGGGGAGUGAUAGGCCUCAUUUACCUCGUGAUGUACAUCUGCAUUAUAAUAUUCUUCUCCAUCUGCAUGUGUGGUCUUCUUGCAUCUGUGGACGAGCAUAUACCCUACUUCACUCUCGCUGACUCCAUUAUUGGAAACAACCCCGGUAUGGGACAUAGGCCUGUUGUGUUUGAGGAGGGAGCUCUUAUCUGGUACAGAUUGGACAAUGGAACCUCGUACAAAAAGUAUACGGACAAUUUAGAUGAAUUCUUAGCACCUUAUAAGAAUAAAUCUCUGCUAAUCAACAAAGGAGAGAAUCAAGUAGACUGUCAGCAGAAGAGGCCUCAUGCGGGCGAAGUGUGUGCCUUCGACACGUCCCUACUGGGACCGUGUUCCAGUGAAAACGACUAUGGCUAUGCUGAUGGCACGCCCUGUCUUAUUAUAAAACUUAAUAAGAUAUACGAUUGGCAGCCCCAGUUUUACGACGACCCUGGUGACUUGCCAUCCAAUAUGCCACCGGAUAUUUUAAACUAUAUAAACACCACUAAGACACCACAAGAGCGUCGCCAAGUAUGGUUGUCGUGCAAGGGCGAGCGGCCGGCAGACACAGAAUCACUGGGACCUUUGCGGUACUGGCCAUAUCCUGGACUACCGGAGAUCUAUUUCCCCUACAACAACACACCCGGAUACCUCAGUCCUCUAGUCGCUGUGCAACUCUUGAAUCCUAUACGUGGUCAAAUAAUAAACAUCCGGUGUAGAGCUUGGGCGCGCAACAUUGUCUUCACUGAGAGUUUAAAGGAGAGAAUGGGCUCCACUCACCUCGAGAUUAUGGUGGACUAGGUUUUCUCAAUUUUUCCAAGGUUCUUAUAAACUUCAUAGAUUAACCUAAAUUACACAUGGAAUAUAUAAAGUUUACUUGAUAAGUCUGUAACCUUAAUAAUGAUUCCGAUUUCAACAGUUAAAAAACUAUAUCGAAUAUUUUUUGUCGGCCGAUGGCGUCCUUAUAUAAAUUUGAGAUAAUUAAGAUUUUUUAAAGUAACCUUCGUGAGUAGAUUUUUAGUACGCAUAUUUAUUUAAACAUUAAAUAUUAUACUUGAUCUUGAAAUGAAAUAAAUUAGUACAAU